AUGUCGGAUGAGGAAAGAGAGGAGAGGGAGUUGGAUCUCACCUCUCCUGAAGUUGUCACUAAAUACAAAUCCGCUGCUGAAAUUGUGAACAGUUACAAUUCCGAACCCUAUAUCACUGUGCGCACUCAUUUUGUAGAUAUGGGGUGUCAAAUAGAUGGUUUUAUUGCCGUUGUUGCGCACACUCAUGUUCUUCAGCAAGGACCAGUUACCGGAAGGGCAGCUGAUGUUAUUGCUGCAGCAAAUACUGCUGCUGAGGUUGCUAUGAGGCUCGUCAGGCCGGGGAAAAAUGUUGUAUUGAGUGUUUCAGCACCCGAAACGCGAGUUGAUGAUGCUGAAUUUGAGGAGAAUGAGGUUUAUGCUAUCGAUAUAGUUACAAGCACUGGUGACGGCAAGCCCAAGUUAUUGGAUGAGAAACAGACAACCAUAUAUAAGAGAGCUGUUGACAAGAAUUACCACCUAAAGAUGAAAGCAUCUCGAUUCAUAUAUAGUGAGAUAAACCAGAAGUUUCCAAUCAUGCCAUUUACUGCUAGGGCUUUGGAAGAGAAGCGCGCUCGACUUGGCCUUGUAGAAUGUCUGAAUCAUGAUCUCUUGGAGCCAUAUCCUGUUCUUCAUGAGAAACCUGGUGAUCUUGUUGCACACAUCAAAUUUACUGUUUUGUUAAUGCCAAAUGGAUCGGACCGCAUCACGUCCCAUUCUCUACAGGAGCUGCAGCCUACUAAAACAGUAGACGACCCCGAGAUAAAAGCCUGGUUAUCUUUAGGUACAAAGACUAAGAAAAAGGGUGGCGGGAAAAAGAAGAAAGGUAAGAAAGCCGACGAGGCGGCCAAUGAAGAAGCUAAGGAUGAAAAUUCACAAGGAUGA